CGGAUGGCAGGCUGGGGGGCAUUUACUCUCAGCUAACUUGCUGUUCGCAGGUUCACUGCCCCCUCCAGGGCCUCCAGUGCCUCUCCAGCUGGGCCGUUUGUGGAUGAUGGGGAAGGGGGGAUAGCAAAAGGAAGUCCACAUCUCACCUCUCGGUCCCGCCCUCCCGUUCGCUGGUGUCAUGUCAUAUAGCCCAUGGGUUGACUACUAUUCUUGGACGCUCCCUUUUUCCCAACGUAGCAUUGUCGAUGGCCUGCCAGUAGUAGAUAUGUCAUGCGGCUCCCCGCUGCCUUAUGUACAGACGGUUCUUGAUCCUUCUUCCCAGGCCUUCUUGCAACCAAAGCCCCCCCUUUCGUGUUUGCUUCGUGCUGCCCUUCGCUUCUUGGACCGCAGGUUUUUCUUCGAUUCUUCGGAUUGAGUCCUUUCUUUUUUUGACAUUAUCAAAUCAUUUCCACUUUCGCUUCUUUUUCAUUCGCUUAGGUAUCGAAUAUGUUGUCAAAGACACUUACACUUUUGGGGUUGACGGCGGCAGCAUGCGCUAGGGUGCAGUUCUUGGCAAGUCUCAUAUGAUCUACAUCAAGACUUCGGACCAAUGUGUCUAACCUUUCUUGCCCAACAGGGAGUUGCGAUAUCAGGUGCCGACUUUGGCUGUGAGAUUGAUGUAGGCCUCUCCCUCAAUACUUCAUCUCAUCCAACAAUUCGAGACUAACUCGAAGCCAGGGAAGCUGUCCAACGGGAAAAGUCCAGCUGCCUCUCAGCUCACUGGGAGGCGGCGACGGCGAAGGCCAGAUGAAUCACUUUGUCCAGAACGACAAGCUCAACAUGUUUCGACUUCGUCAGUCUACUCACAGCCUCUCUAACCAUUGAGAGUCUAAUACUGACACCCAAUACAACAGCCGUCGGAUGGCAGUUCCUCGUCAACAACCAACUAGGCGGCCAACUCAACGCCGCCAACCUUGGCAAAUACGACCAGAUAAUGCAAAAGUGCCUCGCGACCGGCGCGCACUGCAUGCUCGACAUACACAACUUUGCCCGCUGGAACGGCGGCAUCAUCGGCCAAGGCGGGCCGACAGACGACCAAUUCGUGUCUCUCUGGACCCAGCUCGCGACAAAGUACAAGGACAACGCCAACGUCGUUUUUGAGAUCAUGAACGAGCCGCACGACCUCGACGUCAAGCUCUGGGCGGCGACGUGCCAGAAAGUAGUCACCGCCAUCAGGGGCGCCGGCGCGACGUCGCAGAUGAUCUUGCUGCCGGGGACCAACUUCAACUCGGCCGAGUUCCUUGUCAGCAGCGGGAGCGCGGAGGCGUUGGCCGCGAUUACGAACCCCGAUGGAACGACGGAUAAUCUGAUUAUUGAUGUGCACAAGUAUCUUGAUCAGGAUAACAGCGGAACGCAUAGGCCCUGCACGACGGACAAUGUCGAGAGUUUCAGGACGGUGGCUGAGUUCCUGAGGGCCAAGGGACGAAAGGGGCUGGUUAGCGAAACGGGCGCCUCGAGCGAUGCUUCGUGCUUCACAACCUUCUGCGCCCAAAACACCUUCAUCAAUCAAAAUUCCGAUGUCUUCAUCGGUCUCGUGGGCUGGGCAGCCGGCAGCUUCAGCACGGACUACGUCCUCAGCCUGACGCCCAAGAAGUCUGGCAACACCUAUACCGACAACAACCUCAUGAAGCAGUGCGUCCUUGACACCUGGGCCAACACGGAGCAGAACGUCUCGACGCCCGUUGCGCCACCAGUGGCUCCAUCAUCGCCAUCGGCGGCUCCAUCAUCAUCAGCGGGCGGAGCAGCAUCACAACCCGCCGCGUCCUUGGUGCCGACGAAGCUUCCCGCUACUACCUCGCCAGCGUCGGCGGCUAUUUCUACAGCUCCAAGCUCAGCUCCGAGCUCAGCUCCAACACCGGGACCGCGACCUAGCAGCAGUAGCGGCGAUGAAGAGGGCAUCGCGCCCCCGACGACGAUUGUGAGCAUGCCGACCACGCUGCUGGUCGACCCUUCUACGCCGACACCACCGGCGGCAACGGGAGCUCGGAGCGGUAGGAAUGGGACGACUACGACGACGAGCUCGUCUCCUCUUCCGACGGCGGCGGGGUCGAGGCUAGGAGGGCUUGAUAGUCUGCUGGGACUCGGUUUGGCAGUCGCCUUCUUCCUGUAG